AGCAAGUUAGCUUCGAAAGGACGUUCAAUUUCUUUUUGUGUGUAGUUGCCGUUCACAGAGCGGAAGUAACCCGCUGAUUGAAGGGAAGUGAUGCGAUCACAUUGACGUCAUCCAUAGUCGAGGUGUUAUAGGAGUCGCAACGAGGUGUCGAGCGGGUAAACAUACCGGUGUCUUGGCCACGACAAAGACAACACGGCUUAACGUCAGUGGCUACCUCGGCGAGCUAAGGCACGUCCGCUCCGUUUCACUGUUACCGAGCGACGAGCGCGACUCGAACAGACAUGGAGAAGUCAAAUUUCCUGAAAGGACUACCAGUCUACAACAAAAGCAACUUUAGCAGGUUCCACGCAGACUCUCUAUGUAAAGCAUCAAACCGUCGACCAUCUGUGUAUCUUCCAACACGAGAAUAUCCAUCAGAGCAGAUCAUAGUCACAGAGAAGACGAGCAUCCUAUUGCGAUAUCUUCAUCAACAGUGGGACAAAAAGAAUUCAGUUAAACGGGAGCUGGAGCAAGGAGAAGGGGAGAACACGGCGCCUCCACGGAAAAUUGCCAGAACAGAAAGUCGGGAGCUGGAUGAGGAUUCGUGAACGGCCGUGCUGCCGAUGCACAGCCAGCCGAGACGGACCAAUUCAAACUAAAUGCAAAAACAGAUGCAGAAUAUAUGUUCGCAAAUCCAGGCCUUGACACUGAAGCACACAGGGAUUGAUACUUUGCAGACCAUAGGCAGCAUGAUAAUAAUUUAAAAAAAAUAUUUGUCUUAAUCUUUUAAAAAAUCUUUUUUUUUCAGAAUUCCUCUUCAACCAAAAUCAUUUUUGCCCAGUUUAUUUACUACUUUCACCCAGUGUUCUCUUUUGUUCCAAGACACCUUUGCCUCAAAUGUCAGUGUUUGUGGUUUGAAAAUAACACCUACCUCCUGAUUCCUCAUUCCCUCAUUGCUUUUCCUUCACUUAAGCUCACACCGUUUUCUUUUACAUAUGUAGCUCCUCUGGGGAGGGUUUACAGCUGUAGUUAUUCAUAGCUUCUCUGAGAUAUGCACAUAGUCUAAGUCUACGUAAGUGGCAUGCCAUCUGUUAUUACUCCGACUCCAUAAUUUUGUUUUGAAUUGCAUAAGGACUAGUCCAUACAAUGUUAUUUUGGCUUAUCUUUGAUGUGAUUACUGGUAUUGUGUUUGUUAUGGACGGGUGCUGAAAGAUGUUCCUGUUUGCUCUUUCUUUUAAUGAUUUAUGGCCUUAAAUGGAAUUAAGUGUUUUAAUGUCUUAGAGUGAACCCCUCGGUUUACAUCGUCGUUUCAGGUGAAGAAGUGAACUGCAAGCCAGUUGAAUGGAUGUUAUCGUGUCUAUGAAGACAUAUUCAAGCCAAUAGUCAAACUGGAGGAUGCAAACUGUUUUUCUACAGUAAGACAUGCAGAUUGUGUAGCCAUGUUCCAAGUUUGAUGCUCAGUAGUUUGAGAUCACCAUGUUAUAAGCAGUGUGUGUAUCUUUGUAAUUACAACAUUUGCACAAUAGUCUAUGGAUGAGCUGAUGACUGCAGAUAGAAAUCAAUUUAAAAUGUAUCAGUACCGCUGUCGAUCCUUGUUAUACAUGUGCCGUUCACAGUAACUCGCAUAUUGACAUUGAGGAAAUGUUUGUUUGGAUUGACAGCUGGACAAAAUAAACCGCUCAGAGUGGCUGGAGCUCAUCGUACAGUUCUGUAUAUCUGGAUAGUAUGUAUGUUGUGAUUGUUUUGACCCUUUUAUCAGGUAACAAGACAAUGACUCACUGAUUGUUGUAUUCACCAGAUUUAGCCAUAUUGGUAUUUCAUGUUUAGACAAUUUGUUGUUGAUAUUGGAGGGAUGCAAGCCAGUUCAGUUGAUUUUGCUUCAUUUUCUUUUCACCUUUGAAAAAACCUCAUGUUUUGUGAAUCUAUAAAGAUUAAUCUGAUGCAAAUUGUGUUUGCAGCAUGUUCAAUGUUUGGCAAGAUGGAAAUUUGAGUCUAUUAAUUUACUUUUGUACUUUUGUUACCUUUGGCGGUCAGAAGAUUUACAGAGUGAAUGUGCAGUUUGGCUGCUUAUGUAAUUAGAAUACACACAAGUUCCUCAUGUAUGAGUUUAAACCAGAAACAUGCAUUUUAUUUCCCUGGCACUCUAUAGAAGAGUGCGCUAACUCUUCUUGUGUCAAACGGUUUGUAUUCUAUCACCUAAUUAAUUUGGGAAUGUGGUUAUUGUUAAAUGCUUUGCCUUUGAGUUCAUGUAUAACUGUACUGUCAAUCUCAGAGCUUGUUCUUAUAAAGAUUACACUAUGACACAGUGAAGGCUUAAAGUCAA